AGUCAUAUUAGAAAAACAAAUUGCCACAAAGUCCCAUCCAUAUUCACAAUCAAGCCAUCCAUCCAUUUUGCUUCUUUGCACUUUUGGACGCUACAAUGUGGGUCCCAACCCCCUCCCCCCUUCACCUUCCACCCCUCUAUAUAAACCUCCCUCUUCCCCUCUCCCUCUCGCCCCAACCCCAGACACGCACAGCACACACUCUCAUCCCUCUCUCUCCUCUCCAACACAACAACUUAACAAACACACAGUGAAGAAAGGGAUCUCUCUCUCUCACUCCUUGAUCACAUAUAUAUCAUGCCUGAAGCACCAAAAGAAAGCGAUAUCACGGCCAGCUUCAGCGUGGCUGAGAACAACAAGAAGAAGCUUGAGUUCAUCGAGGAAGUAACCACCAAAGCCGACGAAAUCCAGAAACAAGUCCUCUUGGAAAUCCUGUCGAGAAAUGCCCACGUGGAGUACCUCAAGCGCCACGGCCUCAACGGCCACACUGAUCGUGAAACUUUCAAGAAAACCAUGCCCGUCAUCUCCUACGAGGACAUUCUCCCCGACAUCAACCGCAUCGCCAACGGCGAUAACUCCCCCAUUCUCAGCUCCCACCCCAUCUCCGAGUUCUUGACGAGCUCGGGGACAUCCGCGGGAGAGAGGAAAAUGAUGCCAACAAUCGAGGAGGAGCUGGGGCGGAGAUCGCUGCUGUACAGCCUGCUGAUGCCGGUGAUGAGCGAGUUCGUGCCCGGGUUAGACAAGGGGAAAGGCAUGUACUUCCUCUUCAUCAAAUGCGAAAGCAAGACCCCCGGGGGCCUCCCCGCCCGCCCAGUCCUAACCAGUUACUACAAAAGCUCCCAUUUCAAGGACAGGCCUUACGAUCCGUACACCAACUACACCAGCCCAAACGAGGCCAUUCUCUGCCCGGACUCGUACCAGAGCAUGUACUCCCAAAUGCUCUGCGGCCUCUGCCAGCACGGAGAAGUCCUCCGUGUUGGGGCGGUGUUCGCGUCCGGGUUCAUCCGCGCCAUCCGCUUCCUGGAGAAGCACUGGGCCCUCCUCUGCCACGACAUCCGCACGGGGACCCUCAACUCCCUCAUCACCGAUCAGGCGGUGAGGGAGGCUGUGAUGCGGAUCCUCAAAGCCGACCCCAGAGUGGCCGACUUCGUGGAAUCCGAGUGCAGGAAGGGGUCGUGGCAGGGGAUCAUCACCCGCCUCUGGCCUAACACCAAGUACGUGGACGUGAUCGUCACUGGGACCAUGUCGCAAUACAUUCCAACUCUGGAUUAUUACAGCAACGGACUGCCCCUUGUCUGUACAAUGUAUGCCUCUUCCGAGUGUUACUUUGGUGUCAACCUCAACCCUCUCUGCAAGCCCAGUGAUGUCUCCUACACUCUCAUUCCUAGCAUGGCCUAUUUCGAGUUCCUCCCCGUUCACAGGAACAACGACAAGGAGCAGCACGAGCUCGUGGAUUUAGUCCAUGUCAAGCAAGGCCAGGAGUACGAGCUCGUGGUCACAACAUAUGCCGGUCUGUACCGUUACAGAGUGGGCGACGUGCUGCGGGUGGCCGGGUUCAAGAACAAUGCCCCGCAGUUCAACUUCAUCUGCCGGAAGAACGUGGUGCUGAGCAUCGACUCGGACAAGACGGACGAGGUGGAGCUGCAGAGCGCGGUGCGGAACGCGGUGGGGCACCUGGUCCCAUUCGGGGCGGCCCUGACCGAGUACACGAGCUACGCGGACACGAGCAGCAUCCCGGGCCACUACGUGCUCUACUGGGAGCUCAGCCACAACGGCUCCAUCCCGAUCCCUCCAUCGGUGUUCGAGGACUGCUGCCUGAGCGUGGAGGAGUCGCUGAACUCGGUGUACCGGCAGAACCGCGCGUACGAGGCGAUUGGGCCGCUGGAGAUCAGGAUCGUGGAGGCCGGCACGUUCGACAAGCUCAUGGACUACGCCAUCAGCCUCGGCGCAUCCAUCAAUCAGUACAAGACGCCGCGCUGCGUCAAGUUCGCCCCCAUCGUCGAGCUGCUCAACUCCAGGCUCGCAUCCUCCUUCUUCAGCCCCAAGUCCCCCAAAUUCGCCCAAUGGAGCGCUGACAAUUGAGUUGAGCCACUGCUACCACUGUUUAAUUUUGUCGUCAUCAUUUUUAGUUGUACAACUUAAUACUACUAUGCUAUUUAGGUUAACCAAUCAUUUUUCAUCCUUUCAAAUCUCCCUGCUCCUUUUUAACCGCUGUUUAUUAUCGUAGAAUCUUCCAUCCAUCACUACCCACCUCUGUAAAAAUGAAAAACACUUCCUUCUUCAAGGAAGGGUUUUUUUCUUCAA